CCCAGUGGAGAGCUGUGGUAAUGACAGAAAGUUCCUGAAGCCUCUGGAGCUCCUCCAGUUAGAAUAUAAAAGCUGGGACAGUCCCACUGCUGAGACAGAAAGCAACACAGAAGAGAACAGACACUUUAACAGUGUUUCAUCUGACAACAAGAGGACUCAACACUAAACACACAGUGAAGAUGCUGUGCUCUCAUGGAUUCCAGUCUGCCCUCAGUCCAUUCAUGGACUUCUACUGGCCUGUACGCAGUCUGUGGCCAGAGGUCAAACCUCUGCUCCACCAGCAGGAUGUACUGCAGAGAAACCUUCAGCAGCUCCGCAGCAGUCUGGAGCUGAUGGACAAACUUCAAAACAAGAUCCUGGAGGAGACGGAGCCUUUCCAAACCAGUUUGGCUGUGCAACCGGUCUCCUACCAGCUGGAGAAAGAGGGAGAGCAUUUUGGUCUGACCCUGGACACUCAGGGCUUUUCCCCAGAAGAGCUGUCUGUGAGGCAGGUGGGCAGGAAGCUGAGAGUCAGCGGGAAGACAGAGAAGAAGCAGGAGGACGAGAAAGGCUGCUACUCUUACAGACGCCAGGAGUUCAGACAGGAGUUUGAUCUGCCUGAAGGCCUGAACCCUGAAGACAUCACCUGCUACCUGGCUCCAGACGGGAAGCUCCACAUCCAGGAGGCCAAAGCUCCACAAGUUGAGGAGGCUGAGAGAGAGCUGACUAUCAAGAGGAGCCUGGAGGAGAAAACACAGCAGAGUGUGUGUUCACACACAGAAGACAGCAGCAACACACAGGACAAACCUGAAGACACGGACUAAUCUACAUGUUAUAACUGUGUUUUUUAAAUAUGUGGUUUAUACAAGUGUUAAAUAAUGAUCCUAUGACUUUUUUAUGUUAACAGUUCACUAUAA